AUGGCUAUCCCAAGAGACUUUGGAGCCCCCUUCGCUGUCUGCUUGCUUCUCAGCUCACUAAACAUCAUUAACCUAGUAUAUUGGUGGAAGAACGGAGUUACUGGGAUUUCAAAUAUAUAUCUAAUUCUGUGACUUGUAACGACAGGUUUGUCAAAGUGGGGAAUGAUCAGUGCGUAUUUUACAUCCCCUGGAGUUGUCCCAGAGGGGUAUCAGCACCCAGACAGGGACCAGAAAGCAUCACAAGCUAAGGCCACUCAUUUGAAGGAAGAUAAGAAAUAUAUUGACUUAGAACAGGAUUCUGAAGUCUUUGAUGACAAGGAACUCUCGCAAAUUUCAGGAGGUCAAGAAGAAGGAUCUUCAACCCCUCAGAAAGAGCUAAAUAAAGAGACUAAUGACUCUUCAAGAUGAUCUGAUCUUGAAACCGCUAAAGAUCAACAUGAGUUCUCUAUUAAAGAAGAUUCCGAGGAUAAUAUCGAAUGAGUGAGAUGUUCUCAUAUUGAUUCACAAAAAUUGGCAAGGAACUAUCAUGCUAUUGUCAGUUACAACUUCUGAUCUUCUUGUAACACAGGAAAACCUCCAAGGGCUCAUCAUUGUAGCUUCUGAAAGCACUGUGUGUACAGAAUGGACCAUCAUUGAUAUUAUCUCGGCAAAUGAAUAGGCUUUGGGAAUAUCAAACAGUUCGCUCUAUUUCUGAUCUAUACAUCCAUCGACAAACUAAUGAUAGGUGUUGUAACUCUUAGAGAGGUGGUAACACCAGGGAAUUACCAUAACAUUAGCUAUUGGAUCUUUCCAAGGAUUAUCCUCCCUAUCCUUUCUCUUCUUUCAGGCAUUUUGUGUUUAUAUUUAAGCUGUCAGACGAUAUUCCUGAUCGUGAAUAAUACCACAAUGAUUGAUUUUCAGAAGUAUCAGUUUAAUAAUCCUUUUAAGCAUGAAGGUUUGAAGGAGAAUCUGCAAGAAAUAUUUGGAGUUGAGAAAAUGUUCCUAUGGUACUUUCUUCCAGUAAAACAGACCAAGAGGCUGACCCCUCCAGACUUCACUGGAGUCACUAGCCCAAGGAGGAAGGAGAUCUGAGAAGUUGAGUAAAAAUAGAUUUAACAUGUUGUAUGAAACUCUCAGUUG